GCAACACAAACAUGGCUCCGGUGGGGUUACCUCCCGGAUUUAGGUUCCAUCCGACGGACGAAGAGCUCGUGAAUUACUAUCUGAAGAGGAAGAUUAUCGGGCAAGAGAUUGAGCUUGAUAUUAUUCCUGAAGUUGAUCUCUACAAAUGCGAGCCCUGGGAAUUAGCAGAGAAGUCAUUUUUGCCAAGUAGAGACCCGGAGUGGUACUUCUUUGGACCCCGUGAUCGGAAAUACCCAAAUGGAUUCAGAACAAAUAGAGCAACGAGAGCUGGAUACUGGAAAUCCACUGGCAAAGACAGGAGAGUAUCAUCCCAGAAUCGAGCCAUCGGAAUGAAGAAGACGCUGGUUUACUACAAAGGCCGAGCCCCUCAGGGAAUCCGAACCGAUUGGGUCAUGCAUGAGUAUCGCCUAGAUGACAAGGCCGAUUGCCUUGACGACACCUCUGCCGGAAUUCAGGAUUCUUUUGCAUUGUGUCGCGUGUUCAAGAAAAAUGGAAUAUGUACGGAGAAUGAAGAGCAAGGAGGGCAAAGUAGCAGUAGCGAUGUAUCGCAGUUAAUUCAUGAAAGAUCUUCGCAAUUAUUAGCAGCAGGAGGUCUACAUUAUAACGAUCACUGUAGUACUGAAACCUUGUCGCCAGAAAAUAUUCCGAGGGUGUCAUCGUCGUUAUGUCUGCAGGACUUGGAGGAAGAAGAAAAGGACGACUCGUGGAUGCAGUUCAUUACAGAUGAUCCAUGGUCUUGUUCUAACACUCCUCAAAUUAAUGGCACAACUGCUGAAGUCGACCUCUCUCAGUCUCAUGUGGCCUUCACAACAUAAACGUUCACUAUUCAAA